AUGCAGGGAGAAUUCAAUGGUCUUAAAACUUUGAUUAUGAAAGAUACUCCUUCGGCAUAUAGUGUACAUUGUUUUGCUCAUCAAUUACAAUUGACUCUUGUAGCUGUUGCAAAGAAGCAUCAUGAGGUAGAUCAAUUUUUUGAUAUUCUUGCUAAUGUUUUGAAUGUUGUUGGAGGAUCUUUUAAGCGCAGGGAGAUGCAUAGAGAUGAUCAAAUAGAAAAAUUAGAAGAAUUAUUGAUGCUCGGUGAAGUUCAUACAAGAAGUGGAUUGAAUCAAGAACUUAGACUUCAAAGGGCAGGAGAUACUCAUUGGAGUUCUCAUUUUAAAACAGUGCACAACUUUAUUAAAUUAUUCUCCUCAAUUAUUCAUGUACUAGGAGUUCUUGCUAAGGAGGGUUCAAAUUACCAAGAGAAAUCAUUGGCAAAGAGUUUAGUAGAUGACAUAAGAUCUUAUGAGUUUGUGUAUACGUUGCAUUUGAUGUUAAAAGUAUUGGCAAUUACACAUGAUUUGAAUAUGGCUUUGCAAAGAAAAGAUCAAGAUAUCAUUACUUCUAUGAACCUUGUUGGCUUCACAAAGAGACAGUUGCAAUCUAUGAGAGAUUCUAAAAGGGAUUCUUUGGUAAAUGAUGUUUCUUUAUUUUGUGCCAAACAUGAUAUUGUGAUUCCCGAAAUGAAUAAGAAUUAUGCUCUUGAAAAGUCAAAGCGUAAGAUUUCAAGUAUCACAUAUUCUCAUCAUUUGCGUGUUGAAAUUUUUAAUGCUGAAAUUGAUUUGCAACUUGCUGAGCUUAACAGUCGUUUUGAUGAAGUGAAUACUGAUCUACUUCUUGGUAUGGCUAGUUUGAGUCCAGAUAACUUUUUUGUAAAUUAUGAUAAAAAUAGGAUUAUAAAAAUUGCUACCUAUAAUUGGGAUGAGUUUAGUGCUUCCAUGCUUGAGGAUCGUAGUUUUGAGCUUGACAAUUAUAUUGACUAUGUGCGACAAGGGAAUAAUGAUUUCUCUAACUUGAAAAGACUUGGGGAUCUUUCAGAGACAUUGGUGAAAACAAAUUUGCACAAGACUUGGAGACUUGUUUAUUUGCUUGUGAAGUUGAGUUUAAUAUUACCUGUGGCGACUGCAACGGUGGAAAGAGCUUUCUCUUCGAUGAAAUAUAUUAAGAAUGACCUGCGUAGCAAAAUUGGUGAUGAUUUUUUGAAUAAUUGUUUAGUUUGUUAUAUAGAGAAUGGGGUAUUUGAAACUGUACCUAAUGAAGCGAUUAUUGAUCGUUUUCAAAACAUGACAAGUCGUUGA